AUGUCCAAAGGCCACACCAUACCAUUGCUCCACCUAGCCCAGCUUCUCCUACGCCAUGACGUUUCUCUCACCCUUUUCACCACAAAAGCCAACCGACCCUUCAUCACUCAGUUUCUCCACCAUCAUGCAGCAGAUUCAAUCUCUGUUAUAGACCUGCCAUUUCCUAGCGAUGUUGAAGGAAUACCUCAAGGUAUAGAGAGCACCGACAAGCUACCUUCCAUGUCUGUAUUCUGGCAAUUUGUCACAGCAACGAAGCACAUGCAGCCACACUUUGAACAAGCACUCAACAAUCUUUCCGGAGUUAUCACCUGCAUCGUUUCCGAUGGGUUUUUAAGCUGGACACUGGAAUCUGCAAAUAAAUUAGGGAUCCCUCGCCUCUCUUUUUUUGGCAUGUCCGGCUACUCAACCGCCGUGGCUUUAGAAGUGGGCACAAACCGGCUGUUGUCAAGACCUGAGUCCGAUGAUGACUUAAUCACUGUGACAAGGUUCCCAUGGAUCAAAGUCACUAGGAAUGACUUUGACAAACCUUUCAAUCAGCCAGAUCCUACGGGUCCUCAACAGGACUUGCUAAUGGAGGUUGUGAUAGCAAUGGCGAAUAGCUAUGGACUGAUUAUGAACAGCUUCUACGAGCUAGAGCCGCUGUUUAUUGACUAUCUGAACCGAAAAUCUAACCUCAAAGCUUGGUGCGCCGGACCACUGUGUUUGGCUGAGUCGGGAUUAACAGUUCUAGAUCACGAUCAAAAGCCCAAAUGGAUGGAAUGGCUAGAUGAGAAGCUAUCUCAAGGACGCUACGUUUUAUAUAUAGCAUUUGGAACUCAAGUAGAGAUAUCAACACGACAGCUGGAAGCCAUAUCCAAGGGUUUGGAAGAGUCCGGAGUGAAUUUCAUGUGGGUGGUGAGGAAGUGCGAGAGCGAGGUGAUGAGUCAUGUUAACAUUGUUGACGAGCUACAAGAAAGAGUGGGAGAAAGAGGGAUUAUCGUACGAGAAUGGGUGGACCAAAGGGAGAUUCUGAAGCACGAGAGUGUAAAAGGGUUUUUAAGCCACUGUGGUUUAAACUCGGUCAUGGAGAGCAUAUGUUCAGAGGUUCCGAUACUAGCAUGGCCGAUGAUGGCUGACCAACACCUGAAUGCACGGAUGGUGGUGGAGGAGAUCAAGAUCGGUUUAAGGGUGGAGACGUGCGAUGGAUCUGUUAGAGGGUUUGUGAAGUCUGAAGGGUUAAAGAAGAUGGUGAAAGAGCUCAUGGAAGGAGAACGGGGGAAAGAGGUGAGGAAGAAAGUUAUGGAGGUUGGAAAAGCUGCAAAGAAGGCAAUGGAAAAAGAUGGAUCAUCCUGGCGGACACUGGAUGAGCUCAUAGACGAUGUUCAGACUUUUAGAAAUCUUAACAGAGUGAUUUGA